CCUGGCCCGGAUCGGCCAGUGUGCGGACCACAACCAGGAGGUGCUGCACGCCAUCGUCCACCACAGCCUCCACAUGUUUGAGAACAUGGAAUACGGAGAGAGGGAGGAUCCAAGGAAGAUUCGUCCAUCCUCUACAUUUGACAUGGACAAACUUAAGUCCACCAUAAAACAGUUUGUGAGAGACUGGAGUGAGUCAGGCCAGGCUGAGAGGGACUCCUGCUAUAAGCCCAUCAUCCAAGAGAUCCAAAGACUUUUCCCAAGUGAUCAAUAUGAUGUGUCUAAGGUGAGCGUGCUGGUUCCGGGUGCUGGGCUUGGCCGUCUAGCCUGGGAGAUAGCUCGGCUGGGUUACAUGUGCCAGGGAAACGAAUGGAGCUUCUUCAUGCUCUUCUCCUCAAACUUUGUUCUCAAUAGGUGUGAAAAGGUGAAUGCUCUGACACUCUACCCCUGGAUCCACCAGUUUAGCAACAACAAGCGAUCCUCUGACCAAACACGACCAAUCAGAUUCCCUGAUGUCAACCCUCAGAGCUUGUCACUAAAUGCAGACUUCUCCAUGGUAGCAGGGGACUUUGUGGAGGUCUACAAUGAGCCAGAGUCCUGGGACUGUGUGGCUACCUGCUUCUUCAUCGACACGGCUCAUAAUGUGUUGGAGUAUGUGGAAACUAUCUGGAAGAUUCUUAAGCCUGGUGGAGUGUGGAUCAACCUGGGUCCACUGCUGUAUCACUUUGAGAACAUGGCCAACGAGCUCUCAGUUGAGCUUAGCUACGAAGACAUUAGGACAGCGAUGGUCAGAUUUGGCUUCCACAUCGAGGUGGAGAAGGAGUCAAUGCAGACCACCUACACAGAGAACGACCGGUCGAUGCUGAGAUACGUUUACGACUGUGCCUACUUUGUUGUGCGGAAGCCUGCAGAGCUGCAGUACUUUAAUGGUCAAAACGAAGACCAGCUACAAAACUCUCCACCGGCUGCUAAGUCGCCACGCCGAGAGGGUCCCGACAGCCCGACGUGACAAGAUGUCCUUUGACAAAACCAAGUGAAAGCAUAAGAGCACAAUCCUUGGCUGAAAUAUGACAACAAAGGAAAAGGAACAUUUUCCUUUUGGCCAGAUAUAUUUUUAAAAAUGUCUGCCCGAAUCCACAAGACCUUGAAGUGGCUCAAAAUGGGGAAUGUAAUAUGAAGUAAGGUGAUGUGAUAUGAAGUAAAGUGAUCUGUACCAUCUGAACAAAAGUCAAAAUACUGGGUCUGAGAUGAAUCACUUACCAUUGGCUGCUACUUUGUGUUUGUGGUUUGUGUGUCAGCUGCUGGCCACGAAGACCAUCAUUUUGUUUUUAGGCUCCGUGUGUGCAUGUGAUAGGAGAAUGUGAUAGGAGAAUGUGAUGUGAAUGCCUGCUUUUCCUUUUUUUCCUUUUUUUUUUCUCUUUUAUGUGCCAAUAACUACAUCUAAUAUUUUUUUUAUAUUGUUUGUUUUGGACUGUCAUCACACUUUGAAAUAAAG